CCGACAGUGCUACCGCAUUCGUUCACUGUAACGGCUAGGGAUAGGUUGAAAUGUACAUGAGAUUGGUUGUGUAAAUUGCAUCUAAAUUUUUAAUUCCUUUAAAUUUAUUAGUAUUUUUUCUUAAAUAUUAAUCAAAACUAUCAACACUCUUCGCUACAUUCUUCACAUGUGACAACGACCGUUGGAUUUAGCGUUUAUAGAAGACUCCAUAUUGCUUGAAAUACUGCUGUUUUGAUCUAUUUUUCUCAUGUAUAAAUUGUGGAACGUGAUAAUUCCACAAUAUUUCUUUGACCAUAAGUAACCGUAUAAAGGCUGAACAUAAAGCCUAGACAGGACAAGGAUUCACUAUUUCGAUCAUUGCUGCAGUCUGCUGCGUGGAACAAUGGUCGAUUAAAGUCAAGAAAGCAUUCAAUUUCCCUUGCUCUCUGAUAAUAAUAAUCGUCCCAGAUGAAAAAUAUUAAAAUAAAAUGGCCCCAAUAGAUCCCCAUCAGUUGUUGAAGGGACUAGCUCCCUUGUUAACACCAAAUGGUGCCAUCAAAAGUCCAACUGAAACCUCCAGAAUAGUUAGCUUGAUGAAAGAAGCAAACAAGCUUGUAAGCAGAUGUGUUUACAUCAACAUCCUUAGAGCUACAGAGUCUGAGAAAACUCUGGAAAAGUUUAUUGAGGUGGGAGGUUGGGAUGUCCUCAAUAGUUGGCUACAAGACUGUAAAGAAUCGGAGAAUUAUCCAGUUCUGGUAGAGAUGCUUAAAGUAUUCCAACAACUUCCUGUCACAGUGGAACUACUCAAGCAAAACAACUCCGCCAAGACCAUCAAGGCUUUUUCUAAAUGUGACAAUGAAACUGUCAAAACAAUGUCCUCUGAUAUUGUGGACAAGUGGAUGGAGAAGGUCAGAGGAAAGAAUAAUGAAGUUUCAAAUGACUCUAAAAAGAAGAAGUCAGACAAAGAAAAAAGUAAAAAGAGUGACAGAGACAAGGAAUCUGAUGAAAACAGGAAGAACAGUGAUAAAUCUAGAGAUGAGAAAUACUCAAAACAUAGGACUAAAGAGGAAAAACUCAGUGAGGAUGUGAGCAUUAAGGACUCGUUAGGUGUUGUGACAAAAACUAACGGACUGAAGCUUCAUAUCAAGAUAGAAAGACCCCCAGUGUCAGACAGUGAUAAAUCAAAAUCAGAGUCCAAACCAGACAAAAAACGAGCUUCCACGGUCAAAAGACCAAACACAAAGUUCAGGUCUACAGGUUUGGAGGAGGAUAUUGUUACCAAACAAUCAAAGAAACUGUCAAAUGAUCCAAACAAGUCGCAACAGAAGAGGCAAGGUUCGGAAUUGAAACCAAAGGAGGAGCAGCCACCUGGAAAGCGGUCUCGUUUGGAGGGUGGGUCUACAGAGGAUGCCACAUCAGAGCAACCACCUGCUCAGUCCCCCACCACAGCUUCUCCUGCAGAUGUGCACAAGCAAAUCAAAAUAACACCGCCUAAACCCAAAACUGUGAUACAUGAGAGUACAAAUUUCAUUGACUCUCUCCUUCCUGACCGUCCAACUGGAGUGAUACGUAGGAAGAAGAAGACGGGUGCCACGGUGGCGAUAACCUCUGUACCUGGUGCCUCGCGUGGUCCAACCACUCCCAUUACUGCCAAACCCCCAACGCCUACAUCUCCCCAUACCCCCAUCUCCCCUACCACUGCCAUCAAAAACUCACUUCCGGUUGUUCCAUCUUUUUACAAAGACACAUUGGAAACACCAACUGAAGAAAAAAGGAGUCCAAGCCCUCCCACAUUGGACAAGAGGAGCCCCUCCCCCACAGAAAAAGAGGACAAAGAUACUGCCCCACCCACUCUAGAGGAGAAUAAAACUUCAGAAGAUGUGGAAAUGACGGAUGCUUUAAAAGAGGGCUCUGAAGCCAGCAGAGAAGCAAUGGACACAGAUGAGAAGUCCGGGGAGUCUAAGGGUCUACUGACAACAGGUGCUACAGGCAAAAAGAAGAAAAACAAGAAAGUAUCCUGGGCCGAAGACUCCAGUUUACGAUUAUUUCACUACUUUGAACUGGACGAGACAGAGAGAGAAAAUGUGAAUAGGCCAAAAGACUUUAACCAGUUGAAGAAACAAGAAGCACAUUUGGAUAGGAAGGUGAUGGAAUCUGCAAGAAGACAGACCAAAGACAACAUGGUUGAGGCCAUACCUGUAAGUAUAGACCAAGAAUUGCUUCCUGACACACCAAGUGAACCUGACCUAGAAACAGUAGAACCUGCAGAUCCGAAGUUUAUUCCCCUCGAAGAUGAAAACUCCACAGGAGAGGAUGUUUUCAGUCAUGUUAACCCUACUGCACACGAGGCUACUGCUGCUAAUACUCCUCCUGACCCCAGUUCUAUUUUUGGUCAGCUUAAUAUACCUCCAGACAUUGCAGGUGUACUGCAAACAUUCCAGCAGGGAGGGGGGCUUCCUCCAAACCUAGACCCCGCCAGUGCUCAGAAUAUCCUGGCAUCAAUGAUGGGAACAGUUGGAGAUCCAAAUAAAACAGGAGAUGCCUUUGACAAACUGAAACAAAUUCUAGAACCAUUCCAAUCCAUGCAGAAUACUGGAGUUAUGGGACCUAUGCACCCGCCUGGUCCAGGCAUGAGAAUGCCUCCCCCAGGGCAGGGGAUGAUGGGGCCACCUCCAGGUGGAAUCUUAGGAGCUGCUCCUCCAGGGUUUAACCCCAUGAUGGGACCAGGUGGACCCCAGAGAUUCCCAGGUGGCCCUGGGAAUGAUGAGUGGGGAGAAAACAUGAUAGGAGGACCACCAAUGAGGGGUAGAGGUCGGGCGGGUAUACCAAUGAGAGGUGGGGGACCACGUGGCCCUCCUCCAGGAAUACCUGGGGGCCCUCCAAUGGGUCCCCCAAUGAGAGGAGGAAGAGGGGGCAGAGUUAGACAAGUGAAUGGAGACCGAGCGGUGUGUCGUCAUUUUGCUGCGGGUGGUUGUCGGAGAGGAAACACUUGUUCAUUCCUACACCCGGGUGUUAACGGACCACCAGUAUAGCAUUGUGUUGUCUUGGUGUAAAUGGACUACCUCUUACACAAGGGGCAUUACCAUAUAUUCAUGAGAAGAAUCAAGUAAAUGGAAUUCAGAAUGUUUUCCGACAUGUCUGUGAGAUGAGCUCUCUUAUAGACUUACGAGUGUGGGACUGAAGUCUGAAAGAUUAACAAUAGACUUACAAGAUUAACUUACAGGAAUAGAACUUACAGACUGGAAACUUACAAGUUCUUGUGGUUUAUAAAAUUAAUUGCAAAACUUCAGGGGAAUUUCUAUUUAAGGUUGUUUAUAUGCACAUUUUCCUUUUUAAGCAUAGAAUAUUGCAAGAAAGAGACACACUUCAAAAGUGAACUACAUGUACAUUUGUAUUCAAAAUUAGGUAUCUUAUGACUGAAGAAAUAAUGUAAAUCAAAACUUUUCCCAAAGAAAUGGGGUUGGUGAAUUUUUAUUUAUAUUUGUGUAUUUUUUAAAAUAGACAUAUACUGAAACUAGAUGUAGAUAUGGUAGAGGAUAAAACUAAGGUUGAAAUCCAUAUUCUGUCAUGCAAAUUGUGUAGCAUUCAGUUCAAAUUUCUGUUUGCUAUUAUAGAAUUAUUACAUCUUUGUAAUAUUGACCUUCAAAAGUGUUCAAACCGAUACACUAGUCAAUAAGUAACCAAUAAAUGGAUGAUGGAAAAUCUGAUCACUGAUUUUAUUCAGAUAAGGGCAUUGACAUAUUUGUACAUUUGAAUAUUGUAAAAAUGUUUUUUGCUGUUGGACAAAAUCAAGAUUUUGAGGACAUUAUUGAAAAAAGAAGGAAAUGCCAUUUAUGAUUAGUUUGAAUGGAGCAAAUGCAUGAAUUUCAGUGUAUGUAUAAAUGUCAAAUGUGUGACUGUCAUAAGACUUCAAAAGUAAAGAUAUGCAACUUGGAUGGUCUGUUAGUGGGUAUGUGUGAAGGUGUGUGAUUGUUAAGAGUGAUUAAGAUGGUUGUUAUUUUGUAUGACUCAGAGAUUAUGAUGAUGUUAUAAUUCCAUUUAAUGGAGGUGUACAUAAACAAUCUUGUUAUACAUUUACAUACAGGAGAUGCCAAAAAUAAAUUUUAAAAAAAUUAA